AUGAGUAAUAACUCGGCGGUUCGCUGCAGUAAGCUGUGUAGUUGUAGAUGGCAAACGAAGGUGGUUUGGUGUCUGCAGCUGUUGUGCUACUUCAUAUCUUAUUUACCUGGAACGGAUUCUUACUUCUGUAUAAUUGGAGGUUACCUACUCCCACCUCACUUCAGACUAUGGACUCUGCUCACAUUUUCAUUUUACAACUACUCACUUACGUUUCUUAUUCUGGAUAUGUUGACUGUGUAUCUCAUGGACAAGUUGUUGUCCAAUCCGUAUAAUUGGGUUGAGUUACUUAGGUUUAGUGUUUUGGUUAAUCUUUCAUCAGCUAUCUGCGUCACUACAUUUUAUCUAUUAGUCUCUCUUGUUAUUUUCGAUAAGAAUAUUUUGUAUUCAUAUUCCAUUUGUGGCCUCAUCGGACUCUUGGGUGGAGUCACUGUACUUGGUCGUCAGAUGUUAUCUGAUAAGUUAGUUGUCGAUUUCCCUCUUGGUAAGGUACGGUAUAAGCACAUACCAUUUGUGUGCACUUUGUUUUUUGCUGUUUUGUUCGGUACUGGAUUCUGUGGAGGUGUCCCCUUAUCAAUUUUUGUAACUGGAAUCUUUAUUGCUUGGAUGUACUUACGCUUCUUUCAAAGACACAGUAAUGGUCUACAUGGGGAUGUGAACGACAGUUUCACAUUUGCUGGCUUCUUUCCAAACCACCUAGGACCACCCGUCUCUGUGAUAUCUAGCGCAGUAUUCAACGUCCUAGUUCGUUUUCGUGUAUGUAAACCUCCACCUCCGAAGAAUCUAUCUAUUCCUCCUUCAGUCGUCUCAUUUACAGUGGAUAUACACGACACUACUCAUGCAGCCAGCAGGUAUCUUUCAACUCCAAGCAUUGUAAACACUUGCAGCAGUCAGUCUGUACCAAAAUCUGCUCUUACUCAUUCACCUCCAAGUUUUCCAAGUGAAUAUACACGUUCCAUACCAACUGGUGGUACUCCAUUACCACCUAUCCCACCUCCAAUUUCUGUUUCAAAUGAGGCUUUAUCAUCAUGA